AUGAAAACUGCCUCAGAAGGUCAGACCUCUGAGAUUGGUACAUCUAAGAACUUGGAUUAUCAACGUGGCGUGAAGCGCCAGUGCGUCGACCCCACUGAGGCGGAUUACGAGACUGAGGCUGAGAAGCGUGGUCGGUCUUUCCUUGAGACUAAAUGGGAGAUGCAGGCGUCUCGAAAACGACGCAAAUUGCCCGAAUUCAAUUUCAAAAUCCAUGACGAGAGCUCCCAGGAGGUGUUUGGUAUCACUGCGAACCAGCCCGAGGGAACCCUCAACGAUGUUGCCGGCGACAUCGCUACGAAUGCGUCAUCCCAGCCGCUCAGCGAUCUGUGGAAGACUUCCAAGACGUCGGUCUACAAUGACACUACGGCCACCGAACUGAAUUUUACAGCAUCGGAUGCAAUCACGGCACAGGAUCAGCAGUCUUGUUUAUCCAGUCAUGACGCGCCGACUGUGAUCGUCAGUGCAAGAGAGGACAAGACCGAAGCUGUGUAUAUAGAGCCCAUGCAAGACCUGACUCAAGAGCAGGAGGUUAAAUUGGUUAGAUCGGCACUGCGAAGCUCCUUGGAUGGAGAGGAUGCAGAGCUGCUCAACGACUUCCUGUCCAGGGCGAAUGCAAAGCGGGCUGCCAAGGCCACGCAUCCUGACGAUGCGAAAACAACAGAGGCACCUUCCAGUAUGAAGGUGUCACCAGACGUUGAAUGCUCAACACCCCCAGCACGUCGCGUGCUAGAGGAGUUGACAACCAAUUCCCCUUCACCUGUCAAGUCGCAACUCUCUCCUGGUAAAUAUGACGUCAAGCGUGGUGUCGAUGGCGCCGGUGAUCGGGAAGAUAUUGUCCCCAAAGAGAUCAAGGAGGAAACUUCUUCAAGCCCUGCAAAUCGUCGAAGCACUCGCACCAAAGGCUCCAGUACUCCUGCGAUGCGCAACAUCAUCUCAUUGCGCCGAGCCAAAGGGACAGAAUUCGUUUUUCAACAACGCACUGAGACCCAGCAAGUGGCUAUGGCUACAAAACGCAAUACCCGGCUCAACAGGGGUAAAUCUGUAACUCCCAUGGUUGUCCUCGAAGCUCUGGCCCAACAGUCAAGCGAGGCAGAAUCUCAGCCGGGCAGCGUGGAGACUGAUGGCUCAACUCUCAAGGGCACUAACUUCCGUGGGCUGAACAAACCACGAAAGCAAGUGUCGUGGAAUGAGGAGCGCAUGGCCGAAUAUGAAGAGUACAGCGAACCAAUUGACGGGCAGGAAGAUGAAGAGGAGGGUGACCGAUUUACGAAUGAUGUGGGCGCAACCCCUCGCCGGCGACCAGAAAGCAAGCGCACAGCAAAGAAAGCAGAGCCUGGUCAUCGCAGCAGCCGUAGCCAAAUGCAAAAGGCAGACAAGAAUGCAGAUAGUGGGGCCACGGAGAGCGGCUUAACCCCGGCUACUGCACCUGCUACUGUAAACCCGCGCUCACGCCGGGUGAGGCGUUUGGGUGACUCGGUGAUCCCAGGAUCUGGCACCUCAGUUAUGAUUGGAAGCUGCAGCACAAGCAAGCCUCCCGCAGCCUCGGCGUCCGCUGUGGCUGAUAUUGCCCCCUCUACACCUACCAAGGGCCGUCGCAAGCUUGUUCCCAAAUCCCCUAGCUCGUCUAGGUUUCCCGUACGAGCCUCCAGGAGUGCUAACACCAUCACGGAGCAGCCUUUCGUCAGUGGUAUUCCCACUCGCGGCUCACAAGGCACAGACGAUAGACAGCGACAGAGUAUACUUCAGAUGAGCGCAGGGUGCACGCCCACGGCUCGACGUGUUCGUUCGAGAACUUGA